ACUGCAAUGUCACGCCCAUCAAGCUAAAAUUAAAAUCACAAAGAGAAAAUGUCUGGUCCAGGUGGUUAUCCUGUUCAAAAGACUCCUGGAAGUGCUUAUCCUCAGCAACAGGGAUAUCCACAGCAACAACCCUCCGCACAUCAACAAGAGCAACCGCCAGCCUAUCAGCCUCAAGGCUAUCCUCAGCAGCAACCCCAGGGGUAUCCACAGCAAAACCCAGCCUAUCCUCAACAGAUGGGAUAUCCUCAGCAGCAACAUCCACCAUUUCAACCACCUGUGAGUUCCAUAUUUUGCGUGAUUGUAUACAGUCUUUCAACUUGUUUUUAUGAGAAUAUUGGGUGGUAUGUUAUUACGAAUUGUGUGGCUCGUAGUAUCCUGAGUCAUGGGAUAAGAGGGCCUAUAUGCUGAGGCGGUAUAUUAAGCUAUUAUACAGGAAACGAUAAUUUUGCCUAAAACAAUGUGGUGAUGACCCAUUUUAAAGUGAGAAAGUGUUAAUGUCAAAAGAACUGCAUGUUUACAAUCAGCUAUAGAUAGCACAGGCUGCACAGUAGUAUAGGUAGCACAAUAGAGCUUCUUUAAUAUGUUUGGUUUUUAUACAAUGCAUAUGCCCUUUUGGCUCCAUAACUUUUUGGUUUUGAAAGAAAAGCACAAAAAGCUUAAUAUAUGUAUACUAAGCAAAUGUCUUAUGCUUCUUGCAAGAUUGCACUGUAGAGACCAUCCUUUACUGGCCUGCUUCUGCAUAGUCAUUGCCAAGGUAUGAUGAAUGCUGUUUCAAUGCUACCAAAAUUAAGAGGUGUAAAUUCACCAUUACUUUCCUUUUGGGACACCACUUAUAUUGAUUCAGUUCUUAAGUUUACCUAUUCCAUUGUCUUUGGUCACGGGAAAUGUUUUGAGUCUAAUUUUAAGUUUGAUUUAUAUUGCAAUAGGUUAUCACUUUAAGUGUCUGCAACUCUGCGUGAUUUACAAUGUAGUCCUGACAUUACAUUGAGAAUGAAGUUGAGUUUGAUUCAACUCUAGUGUAAAGCAUGUGUCAAAAGGUC